AUGAGAUACUCAGCUUUUGAUUUCGAAUCGCCAACAUGCACAGCGACGCAACGCCGCAUUCGGCCUCUUCGCAUUUCUACACAGCGCGCAAAUCUCAAUCUUCCUGCUGCGCCGCCCUCCCCUUUUUUCAGCGGUAUGAACGAAGACAUCAACAGCGAGCCAUUCCCCACAUUUCAAUAUACAUAUCCACAGGACCCGCUCCCUUGCUCACCUUCACACUGUAUAUACCACUGCACCACAGCGAUAUGCACCAAGCUGCGGGUCAAAGACCCCGAAAUGGCCCCAUGUAUCUGCAUGUCGAUACCUACUCCACUUCCAACCCCUUUGCCAGAACAACAACAAAAACAACAACAAAGUACCAGUCGUCCGCCACUGAAAAUCCCAGCAUCGCUCGAUAGAGCAUCCACACACGCACUCGUGGUAUCCACACCACCAGCUACACUCCUCACGCUGCACCGGCCCGAAAUACAGCAACUCCUCGAGCACAUCUUCACGCAGCUCACCAACCACACGCUGGACACGCUAACGCAAUCCACGCAUCUCCCUGCGCAAACCGACGAGGAAAUCCUCGACGCACUACAAUUCUUCCUCGACAUAAUAACCCUGUACUUUUCACGCACAAUCCCACAUACAGAUACGCCGCGCACAAUCACCCUGCACGACCUCCAGCUCGAACUCGCAGUGUAUAUCUGGACCAUGCAGUGCGAGUGGCAAGACCGGUAUGCCGUCCGCGCAGCAGAAGAAGAAGAAGACGCAGUACUGUGCUCGGUGCUCUGGGAUAAAAACGAGCCAGAGCACGUAAAGCUUGUUGCGGGCGGAGACAAAGUGCCACUGCCGAAGCACGUGGCGCGCGUGUGGCGCGAGGGCUUGGAGCGCGUUAUUGGCGGCGUCGUGUGGAGGUGUGACGAGGUGAGGCGGUAUGAAGAAGACAUCAUCAAGAGGAAGAAGGGUAAAGAGGCGGGCAAACAAGAAGAGGAAGAUGGGAUUGGAGAGGUGGGAUGGUUGAUUAUGGUUAUGACUGGGUUUAUAUGGUUUACGUGUUAA